UCCGCGAAAACAGUCCAGUAAUCGAUGGAGAGCGCCACCGGCGAGGAACGGGGGCGGGAGCACCGCUUCCUGCUCGUGCACGGCGUCUGCCACGGCGCGUGGUGCUGGUACAGGGUGGCCACCAUCCUCCGAUCCGCCGGCCACCGCGUCGACGCGCUCGACAUGGCCGCGUGCGGCGCCAGCCCGGGGCGCGCCGUCGACGUGUGCUCGUUCGAGGAGUACAGCCGGCCGCUGCUGGACGCGCUUGCUGCGCUGCCGCCGGGAGAGAAGGCGGUGCUCGUGGGCCACAGCUACGGCGGGCAGAGCCUGGCGCUGGCGAUGCAGGCGUUCCCGGACAGGGUUUCCGUCGCCGUCUUCGCCUCCGCCGCCAUGCCGGCCGCCGGGAAGCCCAUAAAGUUCGUCUCCGAGCAGUUUGCGCAAGAAAGGGGCCCGGGUUUCUUCAAGGACUGCGUGAUCGAGACCACCGGCGACGAUCCCCGGCGUCCUUGCAAGACGUUCCUGCUAGGACCGGAGUACAUGGCGGAGAAACUGUACCGGCUCAGCCCACCCGAGGACCUGACCCUGGCGACGAUGCUGGUGAGGCCGUCGAGGCAAUUCGUGGACGACGCCACGAUGAACGGGGAGGGGGUCCUGACGGCGGAAAGGUAUGGCGCGGUGAGCCGUGUGUACAUAAUCGCCGAGGAGGAUAAGUCAUGGUCGCCGGAGUUCCAGCGGCGGAUGGCGUCGUGGAACCCCGGCACGGAGGUGAGGAGCCUCGAGGGGGCUGAUCAUAUGCCCAUGUUCUCAAAGCCUAGGGAGUUCUCAGAUCUCCUUGUAGAGAUUGCCAACAAGUACGUUUAAAAGUCUCAAGUUGAAUAUGGCAGACAGCAAAAUGAACUAUGAUUUCUGAAACUUUCUUCAGAGAUUUCACGAGAUGCUUGAGACUAAUGUAUCAUCAUGGAAUAAGAUUUGGAAUUCUCUAUGCAAAAGAAGAGUUCAUACAUGAUACAGGAAUAUUUAGAUG